AUGAGAAGAAAGAAAACUCAAACAAAGAAAGAAGCAAGUCAUGUGAUUAAUGAAAUUGAUUUUUUUUUUAGUUUGCAAAAAGUUAAUUUGUUUAUUCAAAUACUUUAUCAGCUUGUUUAUUUAUCCAGUGUAGUUAUAACAAACGAUGGUAACAGUGAUUGUGAUGCGGAUGAUUUGAAUACUGACCAUUAUAUUGCUGCUCUCGAUAAUGAUGGUGGUGAUGGUGUGUACGUUGAUGACGGUGAUACAGAUACCAAUAUUUAUGUCUUCGAUUAUUCUAUGAAUGAUGGUUAUGAGAAUGCUGAUGCCACCAAUGAUUCUAUUGUUACUAUUAAUGACGUAUAUCACUCAUCGAGUUCCUUUCAAAUACAAAUGGUGACAAAUUUCAAGGUCACUCUGAGAACUCUCAACAGUCCUGAAUUGAAAUUUCAAUUAGAAGAUUUCAUUACCAGUUCGAAAUAG